UCCUCAACAACUGCAGACAUUCCCUGCAGAAGAGCAGAUGGAUGGGGAGGUGGGCCUUGUGACCGGACGUGUCCAGAGAGAGAGAAAAAGAUCCUACAAAGACUUUCUGGUUGAUGUGGAGGACCUGGAGGAGUCAGAUGAUGAAGACUACAGUACCAAAAAACUGUACAAGGAACCAAAGGGCUUGCACAAGAAGAAAAGGCAACACUCUGAUAAUAGCGGAGUUGGGUCUGGACCCUAUGGUGUAACGUCUCCUGGCUUCCUGCCUGUCUAUCCAGUCUAUGUAACACAAGGCCAAUGGAGACAGACGGCACUAGAAGAGAAUGGUACCCAAGACAAUUUGCUGCAUUCGGGUUGUACAGCAGAGGGCAGCAUUGAUCAGGUAAAUCAUAGUCCCAUUGUGGAGUACUGGGUCCAUCUAAAUGACCAGCAGGAUACAGCGGACUGUCCCCUGACCGACCUCAUCCCCUCCGCUGCAAGUCCAGUAACCUGCAGACCUCACCCAUUCAUAUCCACUCCUAAUUCAGUGACUGAUAUUGCCAGUACAGUGAGUUUCAUAAGUAGUCCAGUGAUAUCUACUUCUAGCUCCAUGGCUGACAUGGCUAGUCCCACCAGCUCUGUGUGUAGUCCCCCAAGUUCAGCCUCAGACACCCCGAGAUCUACAUCCAGGGGUCCCAGUUGCUCUGACUUGGAUCCCAUCAACGCUGCUGCUCACCUUCACCUCCUGGGAGAAUCUUUGUCUCUCAUUGGACAGCAGCUUCAGGAGACAAAUAAGAUGGCAUGUGUGUCUGGUAGCCUGUCUCUGCUCUUGGACUCUCUGCUGUGUGCCCUGGCUCCUCUAGUCUGCCUCACCUCACAGAUACAAGAGCUGAGGCUCUGCACACAGCACACACUGGCUGACACUCUGGAGAAUAUUGCCUAUGUGAUGCCUGGGCUGUGAUGACGAAGACCCUGUCUGCACACAGCAAGUUAUAAAAUCCUCAAAGACACUUAAGAUUAGAUUAGUCUUUUGGAAAAGAGGCAUUUUGUUCCAAAAAGAGAAUGACUGAAGCUAGUCGUCAGAUUUUUUUUGUUUGCUUUUUUUGCACUAUGUACUCCACCUGGUGAUAGGUAUGUUGAUAUAAAUGUGCUAAUAAUGCAUACAUGUAAGAUAAAGAGUUCACAUCUUUGUAUUGGUUGUUGUAUCAGUAGAAAUACUUUAUUGGUUAUAUGCACACCACAUUAUUAAACUUUGUUGGACUCA